GUCCUGCUUAUGGUUGGAAAUAUUCAUCAUCAACAAUCUCAUAAAUACAUCAUUUUCAAGACUUACAGGCUAAAAUUCGCAACGCUCAACAACUUCUCUCUACUUACACUUACUACAUAACCGACCAAUCACACUCACAAUGACUGUCACAUUUAUUGAAACAGACGGUGGUAAGCUCGCCGUUGACAUCGCUGGUGAAGGCCCGCUUGUCAUCUGCUCCCCCGCCAUGGGAGACUUUCGCGACGCAUACGACGCUCUAGCCACCGAGCUUCGCCAAUCUGGCUACAGAGUCGCUAUGGUUGAUCUCCGAGGUCAUGGCGAUAGUAGCAUUACCUUUAACCGCUAUGGCGACGAAGCCACCGCUGACGAUCUCAUUACCCUGAUUGACGCUUACGGUGGAGGACCCGCUGUCUUAGCCGGGGCUUCUCUAUCUGGUGCUGCUGCUACGAUCGCUGCUGGAAGCCAUCCCGAAAAGGUCGCUGGCCUUAUUCUCUUGGGAGCAUUCCUUCGUCCCGGAACUGGCAAGCUUGUGGCUAGUCUCUUCCGCCUAUCGAUGCGUCAGCCUAUCGGCCCUAUGAUCUGGAAGUCAUACGCCCCUAAGCUCUGGCCCGGUCUUGGUGAUAAGGUUCAAGAGCGAGUUGACAGAUCCAUCGCAAUGUUGACAGGCCCUGGUCGCUGGAAGGCAUUCCACGCUACACUAUCUACCGACCACGCUGUUGUCGCACCGUACAUCAGCAAAGUCAAGGCUCCAGUAUUGGCUGUCUAUGGAGAUGCCGAUCCUGACUGGACUGACCCUAUUGAGGAAGCUCGCUGGGUCGCGUCGAACUUUGAGGAUGGCGAGGUUGUUGCUGUCAAGGGUGUUGGACAUGCGCCUAUGAUGGAGAGGCCUGAGGAGGUUACACCGGCUGUUCUCAAGUUUUUGAACAGGAUCCGGGAGAGCGGUGGUUUCAACCGCGCUUGAGGAUGUUCAACAUACGAGAUGGAUUUUUUGACUAGCGGCGGAAGCAGGGAAAGUGAUCGAUACCACGGUGGGGCUAUACAGAGGCGACCAGUUUACAAGUUCAUGCUUAAUACGAUAUAAUGCUAUAGAGAUCAGAGAGUAUUUCCACUCUUUACUACACAAUUAUCCAUUUGCUAGCAACAAGUGAUCAAGCC